AUGGCAUGGCUAGGGAGUCUGAGUGUCUCUGACAUCAUCAACUACACCAUUCCCUAUCAAAUUGCGGCUCUCUCUGUUGGCCUCCUGGUAGUUCUCAUCUUGCUUAUUGACCAUGCAGACAUUCUCCUGCGUUCCCGACAUGUCAAGGACCUCUACUGUGUUACUAGCCAGACCCUUUUCAAGACACGGUUUAGGAAGAAGCUGAGUGGCACCGAGUUAGAAAAUGCCCUUCGAUACGCAUACAAUAAUUAUACCAAGCAAGGGAAGCCAUUUGCAACCAAAGCAGACCUUGAAAGUUGGAUCAUACUCCUUCCGCCAAAAGCGAUGAAGGAAUGGUGUAACUUGCCUUACAGCCAUUUGAACUUCACAAGAUAUCUCCAGGAUGUACGUUAUCUCCCAAACUACUUUUGGUUUGUCGUUGAAUACUCGGCUAAUUAUCAAUGCUUCGUAGGUUGCUGCCAUGGGGUAUCAUACCCAGGUGGAUUGCCAAAUCCACCUUCGCGCCGUCAUGGCGUACAAUCAGAAAAAACAUUUUGGUUAGCCUUCUUUAAACACCCCUUGCUGGAACAUACGUUCAAUCUAUAG